AUGUCAACGCUGUACUCCAGCAAGUCAAGACAUAUUGCAACCCCAGGCGCAACACCGUAUACGAGAGGUACAGAUUCUGGUCGAAGGCAUAUCCGGGACACGGCAGAGUGGACGGAACGCCUUGAUCUGGAGCGUACACGUACGCAGAUUGAUUUUAAGCUGGACACCGGGGCCCAGGCAAACAUCUUGCCAUUUAAUGUGUACAGAGUUCUCAAGACAAAAUUGCAGCCCACCAUCAAGAUUCCUACAGGAAUUGGUGGUGGUCAAAUCAUACCCAGAGGCACAACUGAGGUCAGUUGUUUAGUCAGCAGGAACAAGGCGAGCUGCAGGAAGAGGCUCACAUUUUAUGUUAUUGACAACAACCUAGCCAUCAUUGGAAGAGCAGCAUGCGAGGACUUGGAUCUCAAGAGGCGUGUGGACAAUAUGGUGACUGUGGAUAUACAACUAGGUCACACCAGGCAGCAACACAUUGAGCAGAACAAGGAUGUGUUUAAAGGAAUAGGAGAGUAUAACAAAGAGUAUGACAAAGAGUAUGACAAAGAGUAUGACAUCCAGCUUCAAGCAGAUGCUAUUCCGGUGGUGCAACAUCCCUGAGUCAUACCAUAUGCAAAGAGAACCAAACUGCAACAGAAGUUGGCAAAACUGCAGCAACAAGGUAUUAUACAAGACGUCGAGGGCCCAACUGACUGGCUUCACAAUCUCGUGAUAACAGAAAAGAAGAAUGGGAACAUGAGGAUCUGUCUGGAUCCCAGACCCCUCAAUAAAGUCAUCAAAAGGGAGAGACACCAAACACCAACAAUGGCAGAUGUCCAAGCUCAACUGGCUGGCAAAGCGGUAUUCACAGUAGUCGACAUGAGGAUGCCUUCUGACACAUCAAAUUGUCUAACGAGUCAGCCAGGAUGUGUGCAUUCAGCACCCCAUGGGGUAGAAAGUGCUACGCACGGAUGCCGUUCGGACUGGCUUCAGCUAGUGAAGUGCUGCAGGAAAGGAACGAUCCCAAACGUUCAUGUGAUUGCGGAUGACCUGAAUAGGCAAGAUGGAAGAGGAACAUGACAAAGCCCUCGCUCAGGUGUUACAACAAGCAAGAGAAAGGAAUGUGUGAUUCAGUCCCCAGAAGCUACAGUACAAGGUUCGCCAAGUGAAAUAUAUGGGUCACAUUUUUAGUCAACAGGGACAGCUACCGGAUUCGGAAAAGAUUGAAGGAAUUGCGGGUAUGUGGAAGCCCCAAGACAAACAAGCGGUACAGUGAUUGCUAGGCAUGAUUAAGUUCUUGGCCCCCUGUAUAUUCCAGCGGAGUCCGAUAUCACAGCCCCACUCAGAGAUUUGAUAAAGGACGGAAGCAUGUGGAAAUGGGAUACACAGCAUGAUGCCGCCAUUAAUGACAUAAAGUGGGCACUCACUAGUGAUCCAGUGCUAGCAUUCUAUGAUCCUGAGCAACCGGUCACAGUGCAAGCGGACGUAUCACAGAGUGGCGUAGGGGCAUG